UCGGAAAAAAGCUCACUCUCUCAACUUUCUCAGCAUUACACAAUGAGCGGUCGCGACGGUGGCAAGAAGAAGCCCUUGAAGCAGGCAAAGAAGGAAUCCCGCGAGCUCGACGACGACGAUCUUGCCUUCCAGGCCAAGCAGCGCGAGGACGCCAAGAAGCUUGCAGAGCUCAAGGCCAAGGCUGCUGGCAAGGGUCCCCUUGUUUCUGGUGGCAUCAAGCACUCUGUCUUUUUUUGCUCUUCCGCCGGAAACAAGAAAAUGCUUCGCAUUGCACUGCUGCUGUACUUCCUGUCGCACAUCCCGAUCAGCAUCCUGAUCGACUUCCAGGCCAUCCUUCCCCGCGACUGGUUCCCGAAGUUCGCACUGGAUGCCACCGCCUGGUACACGGAGGCGUUCGGCGACUACCUCCUCGCAAACCCGCCGCAGUGGUACAAGAGCUUCAUCUGGAUUGAGCUCAUCUUCCAACUGCCCUUCUUCUUUGUCGCCUUCUACGGCAUCUUGACCCGCAAGGCGUGGAUUCGCUCGCCGCUGCUGAUCUACGGUGCCCACGUCGUGACCACUGUCACCGCCAUUGUCUACGAGGCGGUCAUGUCCGGCAAGCUCACCCAGGCCCAGCUCCCCUGGUUCCUUGCUAUCUACGCGCCGUACUUUUUCCUUCCCCUCUCCCUCGUCUUCCUGUGCUCGUGCUCCAACUUCCCGGUGAAGGCCCAGGACAAGAAGGUCAAGAAUAAUUAGUGCCCUUCCAGAUCGUGGAACGAUCAGAACUUUUGCGCACGAACUGAACGUAUAUGACAAACAUUCAGAACAAAAAUACAAACCGUUUUGUGCUGCACAACAUGG